AUGGAAACGUCUAGAGCAAAAAGCGUAGUUAUUCGGGGCAAUCCGAUGCUCAAAAAGACUGCAAUUGAUAGAAUGAAGAACAAGUUCCGCCGUGAAGCGAUUGAUCUGCAGGAGUUUGGAGAAUGUGCUCCACCGCUCCCACUAAGUUCCUUUGCUGAGUUGGCUGGAUGCGAGAAAGUAUUUGGUGUCCUUUCUGUCAACAGGAACGUCAGCAAUGUCGCCCGAGUGUCCAAUAUGAGCUUGCAGUUCCAAGGGUGUCUGCACAUUGUGAAUACCAAGAUUUCAAACAUCGAUUUUCUGGAUGGCAUCUCAACUUUUAUCCAAUCUCCCUACCACCCUGAAUGCGCUCAUGAAAUAGCCGACAACUCGAAACUUUGCAUCCGUGACCCACAACGUCUAAGAUUGAAAUUCAAAGGGCUACUUGUUUACCAGAGUAGAAACUGUGAAACGGUCUGCAGUGGAGGUCUCGUGAAUGAUGAAUACCUAGCGGCAAUUGAAGGAUGUAGAACAAUAAAUGGGGAUUUGAUCUUUUUCAAUUUACACAGUAAGUUUCCCCUGAAAGAAUUCAAUGAGUGGCCGCAAAGAGUGGGGUCCUACCCGGCGAUUUCCAAGAGAGAAUAG